AGGCUGUGGCCAGGCCGGUGAGUUCAGCUUGCUGAGAGGCGACUUGGAGCAUCCCUGGUUUACCCCUGCCGGUGGGGGCUACGGAUAUCAUGGACGACGCCGUAGCCAUUGUGAAGGAGGGCUGGCUGCACAAACGAGGGGAAUACAUCAAGACCUGGCGGCCUCGCUACUUCCUCCUCAAGAACGAUGGUACCUUUAUUGGCUACAAGGAGCGGCCUCAGGAUGUGGAGCAGCGUGAGACCCCCCUCAACAACUUCUCAGUGGCACAAUGUCAGCUGAUGAAGACAGAGCGGCCGAGGCCCAACACCUUCAUCAUCCGUUGCCUGCAGUGGACCACGGUCAUCGAGCGUACCUUCCAUGUGGAGACGCCUGAGGAACGGGAGGAGUGGACCACUGCCAUCCAGACUGUGGCUGAUGGACUCAAGAGGCAGGAGGAAGAGACGAUGGACUUCCGAUCAGGUUCCCCCAGUGACAAUUCGGGGGCUGAAGAGAUGGAGGUGUCUCUGGCUAAGCCCAAGCACCGUGUGACCAUGAAUGAGUUUGAGUACCUGAAGCUGCUGGGCAAGGGCACCUUUGGGAAGGUGAUCCUGGUGAAGGAGAAGGCCACAGGCCGUUACUAUGCCAUGAAGAUCCUCAAGAAGGAGGUCAUCGUUGCCAAGGAUGAGGUGGCCCACACACUCACCGAGAACCGUGUCCUGCAAAACUCUAGGCAUCCCUUCCUCACGGCCCUGAAGUACUCAUUCCAGACCCACGACCGCCUCUGCUUUGUCAUGGAAUAUGCCAACGGGGGUGAGCUUUUCUUCCAUCUGUCCCGUGAGCGCGUGUUUUCUGAGGACCGGGCCCGCUUCUACGGUGCGGAGAUUGUGUCGGCCCUGCACUACUUGCACGCGGAGAAGAAUGUGGUGUACCGCGACCUCAAGCUGGAGAACCUCAUGCUGGACAAGGACGGACACAUCAAGAUCACAGACUUCGGGCUGUGCAAGGAGGGUAUCAAGGAUGGCGCCACCAUGAAGACCUUCUGUGGGACGCCUGAGUACCUGGCCCCUGAGGUGCUGGAGGACAAUGACUACGGCCGAGCAGUGGACUGGUGGGGGCUGGGCGUGGUCAUGUACGAGAUGAUGUGUGGCCGCCUCCCCUUCUACAACCAGGACCACGAGAAGCUGUUUGAGCUCAUCCUCAUGGAGGAGAUCCGCUUCCCACGCACACUCGGCCCCGAGGCCAAGUCCCUGCUUUCGGGGCUGCUUAAGAAGGACCCCACACAGAGGCUUGGCGGGGGCUCUGAGGAUGCCAAGGAGAUCAUGCAGCAUCGCUUCUUUGCCAGUAUCGUGUGGCAAGAUGUGUAUGAGAAGAAGCUGAGCCCACCCUUCAAGCCCCAGGUCACCUCUGAGACUGACACCAGGUAUUUUGACGAAGAGUUCACAGCCCAGAUGAUCACUAUCACACCGCCUGACCAAGAUGACAACAUGGAGUGUGUGGAUAGUGAGCGGAGGCCGCACUUCCCUCAGUUUUCCUACUCGGCCAGUGGCACAGCCUGAGGCUGGGGCAGCAGCUGGCAGCUGUGUACUCCUCUGCAUUGCCGAGUCCCGACGCCCCGCACGGAUCAUCUGUAUCUGACGGUUUAUUUCUUGGAUGCAUUGGGGAGGAACCUUGCCAGCCUCCAGGACCAGGGGAGGAUGUCCUACUGUGGGGCAGC